AUGUCUCAUAACCGCACUGUCAUUACUGAAGCCUUAAAUGAGCUUGAUGAUAAACGUAUCAAGGGCAUCAAGCCCCUUAUUCCUCCUCAAAUCUUGAUGGAAGAUAUCCCUCUUACUUUGAAGGCCGCUCAAACUAUUCUUGAAGGCAGAAGAGCUGCUGAAAAUGUAAUCAAAGGUUCCGAUGAUCGUCUUUUAGUUGUUGUUGGCCCUUGUUCCAUUCAUGAUGUCAAGGCUGCUAAAGAAUAUGCCAAUCUCUUGAUUGAAUACAGCGAAAAAGCCAAGGAAGAUCUCUUAAUCAUCAUGCGUGUUUACUUUGAAAAGCCUAGAACUACUGUUGGUUGGAAAGGUUUGAUUAAUGAUCCUUUGAUGAACAACAGUUAUGAAAUCAACAAAGGUCUUCGUAUUGCUCGUCAAUUAUUGUUGGAUCUUAACGAAAUGGGUAUUCCUACUGGCUGUGAAUUCUUGGAUACUAUCUCUCCUCAAUAUACUGGUGACCUUGUUUCUUGGGGUGCUAUUGGUGCUAGAACCACUGAAUCACAAAUCCAUCGUGAGUUGGCCUCUGGUUUAUCUUGCCCUGUUGGCUUCAAAAAUGGUACCGAUGGUUCUAAUGGUGUUGCUUAUGAUGCCAUCCGAGCUGCUAGCAAUGGUCACCAUUUCUUGUCUGUAACAAAGCAAGGUUUAUCGGCUAUUGUUCAAACAGAAGGUAAUGAUGCUUGCCACGUCAUUCUCCGUGGUGGUAAAAGUGGCACAAACUAUGACGCUGAAUCUAUCAAGAAGACAGCCGAAGAACUUCAAAAAGUCAAGUUAGCUCCAGUUGUCAUGGUUGACUGUAGCCACGGUAACUCGAGUAAGGACCAUAAGCGUCAACCUCUUGUUGCACAAUCAAUUUCUGAACAAUUGGCUCAACCCAAGGUGACAGGUGAUAACAUUGUUGGUGUCAUGAUUGAGUCAAAUUUAGUUGAAGGUCGCCAAGAUAUUCCUAGCGAAGGUCCUCAUCGCUUAAAGUACGGUCAAUCAAUCACUGAUGCUUGUAUUGAUUGGGAAGAUACUGUCAAGGUCUUAGACAACCUUCGUGAAGGUGUUCGUGCUCGUCGUGCUGCUAGAAAUGCUUAA